AUGAGACUGUGACCCUCUCAGCUGUGUUAGAACGGUUAAGCCCUCAUUUGGCUCAGAUCACAGUGCUUCACAGGGUUUUCUGCACCGGAGUGGCUGAGGUCCCUCCCGGAACGCCCAAUGUGUUACGAGCCUCACACUUACUCAACACACUUUACAAGGCCAUCAUAGAAUAUGACAGUGUGGGCGAGGCCUCCGAGCAGUCCGUGGCUCUUCUUUUCUCUCUCUGGGUAGAAACAGUCAGGCCAUACCUUGAGAUUGUGGACGAAUGGAUUGUUCAUGGUCACUUAUUUGACCCAGCCAAAGAGUUUAUAAUUCAGAGGAACAAGGAUGUACCAGUAAACCACAGGGACUUCUGGUAUGCCACUUACACACUGUACAGCAUAUCAGAGCCUGUGGAGAGCGAUGAGAGGCUCAGUGAUGCUGCCAGUGGAAGCUCCGGGGGGGAGCAGUCCUCUAGUAGCAGACAACACACCAUGGUGUCCUUCCUCAAGCCUGUACUUAAGCAGAUCAUCAUGGCAGGCAAAUCCAUGCAGCUGCUGAAGAACCUGGACUGCAAGGAGACCGAGCAAGCAGAUGGCUCCUCCAGAGAUGCGGAAAGGAAGAGUCUGUACACACUUUUCCUGGAAUCAGUGCAGACACGCCUUCGCCAUGGAGAAGAGUCGCCCACAAAUACAGUUACAGAGCAACAGGCUACUAAGAAAAGCCUGAUCAAGAUGCAGUCCGUUGUGGCACGGCAUCUGGAGCUGGAUGACAUCCAUGACCCCCUUCUGGCUAUCAAUUUUGCAAGGCUAUAUUUAGAACAGAAUGACUUCCAUGAGAAAUUCUCUGGUGGUAGUGUGAUUUUGGACCGUUCCUCAGAAUCUGUUACAUGUCAGACAUUUGAGCUCACCCUACGCUCCUGUCUGUACCCACAUAUUGUGAGGAGAUACAUUGAAUGCUGCGGAAACCUCAUGAGAACCCUGAAGAAGGACUAUAGGCUACUGGGAUACUUGCAGGCAAUGAGAAACUACUUCCUCUUGGAGGCUGGGGACACUAUGUAUGAUUUCUACACAGCCAUCUUUGACAAAGUUCUGGAGAAGGAGAGCUGGCAGCAGCUAGCAUUUCUUAAUGUUCAGCUGCAAGAGGCUGUUGGACAGCGACACCCAGAGGACAGCAGUCGGCUGUCAAUAUGUCUUGAAACGAUUGACCCUGCAAGAAAAAAACAGCCAGUCAAUAACCUUGAUGGUCUUACACUGAGUUAUAAGGUUCCAUGGCCUGUAGAUAUUGUUAUUAGUUCAGAGUGUCAGAAAAUCUACAAUCAGGUCUUCCUACUGUUACUUCAAAUCAAAUGGGCUAAAUAUAGUUUGGAUACAUUGCGAUUCAGUGAUUUGACGGUAGCUGCCAAUAGGCAAGAAGGAGGCCAGUCUGAGGAGAGCACAGUCAAAGAGCCCAUAAACCAGCAGAUUCACCGAAUGUUUCUCCUGAGAGUCAAACUUAUGCACUUUGUCAACAGCCUGCACACCUACAUUAUGACAAGGAUCCUUCACAGUACAGGUCUUGAAUUUCAGCAUCAAGUACAGGAGGCAAAGGACCUGGACCAGCUCAUCAAAAUCCACUAUAGAUACUUGUCCACCAUUCAUGACCGAUGCCUGCUCAGAGAGAAAGUCAGUUUUGUGAAGGAGGCCAUCACGAAGGUGCUAAAUUUGGUGCUCAUCUUCUCUGACAGAUGGCAGGCUGGUUUUGGGGCCUGGAAAAUUGAGUCGAUUGACAAAAUGGAGUCAGAUUUGAAAAACUGUCACAUGUUUCUGGUGACUAUUUUAAACAAGGCUGUGUGCAGAGGCUCAUUUCCUCAUUUGGAGUCCUUGGCGCUGUCGCUAAUGGCUGGAUUUGAACAGUGUUAACAAACAGAACAUGGUUAUUCAAUCCAAAGCACUGAACACAAGACCAAUUAUGUAUUGUACUACUGUAUGAUGGCUGCUGUACUGUUGUUGCUCAUCUUGACCAUCAUAGUACAUCAGAAGUCACAGUUUGUGUCUGUAAACAGAGUAAAACACGUGUUACAGUGGUCUGUCUACAGCACAGAUAAUGCUACAAGAUGAAGUGGCAUUUUGUGGGCAGUCUGACUGGUACUUUUUCGUCAUUGUGUUGGCCUGUGUUAUGGUUGAAUAUGUUAGAUUUAUGUAAAAUGUCAGUGUCCCCUACGUAAAUAUAGUGGAUAUGCGAGAAAAGUAGACAUCCCUUCUGAAACCAACCCAAUAUGGUUUUAGCUAGUCUCCCAUCCUGAUCAGGCUGGUCUGUUUGCUGAUUUUAGAGGGGUCUUGUACACUUUCAUUGGUCAGGCUGUGAGAUAUGCUGAUGCUUGGAGACCUGCUUUAAACCACUCAAGACCAGCAAACCAUCUUAGGCUUGUAAGCUUUGUUUUUUUUUAUGUCAAUAACAAUUCAGUGUUGUGGUGUUUUAAAUAUGUAUGAUAAACUCAACAAUGAAUAGCAUCUGAACUAAAACUCAAAGACAAGAACUGUACAGAAUAUCAACUACAUUUGGAAAUUGUAGAGUAAAUUUGUAUGCAUUUAAAACUUUGUAUGUGUUGUUUGCUUAAUGCUGUUAACAUUGUGCUGAAUAAAAAAUGCAUAUAUUAAAGUCCUUUCC